AUGAGAAGCCCUCCUAAAGAGGUGAUUGCCUCCUGGCCCAAGCCCAACUAUGUGAAUCCCGAGUAUCAGGGCCCACUAAUGCCCAUAGUUGGCAUUUUAUUCGUGUGUCUCUCUUUCAUUGUCCUUUCGCUGCGACUAUGGGUUCGAGUUCACAUGAAAAAUUCCGCUGGAUGGGACGAUUGGCUCAUGCUUGCUACGAUGCCUUUCAUUGUGGCCAUCACGGUCUCGACAAUAUUAGGUACACGUUUCGGAUGGGGCGUCCAUAUAUGGGAUAACAAACCGGAGUGGUCAGAACCCUCUCGGAUGACUAGUUGGUUUAGCCAACUGUUCUUCAUCAUCAUCAUGACGUUGGUAAAGCUUUCAAUUCUUUCGUCAUAUAUCCGAAUUUCGGCGAAGGAUAAGAAUUUAUUCAACCGGCUAUCAUGGGCUGUGCUGGCUCUCGUGGUCGCUUGGGGCAUCACCUUCUUCGUUGCGGUGUUCACAGUUUGCAGGCCGUUGCGACGCUACUGGGAAGACUUUACCGAUGAGACAUGUGUUGACGAAUCUUCCCGUAUACUUGGUGCCACGGUUUCGAACAUUAUUACCGACCUCAUCGUGUUGAUUCUUCCUAUGCCUACCUUUUGGAAAUUGAAGCUACCCAUUCGCGAAAGAGUCGUGUUGAUGGCCAUGAUGAGUUUGGGUCUGAUCGCUGUUGCUGCUUCCGUUGUCCGAUGUUGGUACAUGUAUGUGACAACAGAUCUCACCUAUGAUGUCACCUGGCAUGGAUAUACGAUUUGGGUAUGGAAUGCCAUAGAAGUUAAUCUGGCUGUUAUAUGCGCUUCCAUCCCGACAUUGCGACCUUUUGCCAGGAAGUAUUUCCCGAGACUGGGGAUUAAAACGACUUCCCCCUCUCGAUCAGGACCUCAAUCAGGCUCACAUGAACAUAGUGGGAUUUAUAAAGGGCACACAAUAAAGCAAACAGGAGAAGCUAGUACCUCGACGGAGCACUUGAACCGCGAACCCGAGGUGUAUCCAAUGACGCCCGUGAGAUCCUACCAAAGACGGUGA